AUGGACGGUCCUCACUACCCCUCCAAUGGUAUAAACACGACUUCAUCUGGUCAAACUUAUCCUUCACCUACCGCAAUCUCUCCCAACCAGUUGCAAACCGGCUCGCCACUGCCUCAGACUCUGCCGCCGCUGCAGCCUCCAACCUCAGCUACCAUGCAGAACAUGUACGGAAGCCACCCGCAUACACCGCGAACCCCAGGCACCCCGAACACGCCUGGGUCAGCCUCCAACAUGCCUAGCUACCAGCAGCAGACAUCGCAGCCCGUGAAUCGCGCUGGAAUGUAUUCAAUGGCACCAAACCAAUACCCUCCUCCUCAGGGCUAUUCGGCUGCUAUGAUGCCCCAGGCGACCACUGCCGCAUCUCACCCACAGCCCAUCGCGCCAGCUCCUGCUGGUGGUCGCGGGCCUCCCGUGUUGCGCCCUAUGCCUCCUGGUGGCAUCAUGUCGCAGCCUGGUGUUUCUUCUCCAUACGGCCCUGGCUCGCUCAUGCAGCCUCAGUCAGUCAUGUCAGAGGGUGAACCUCCUACCCACGUUGUCGGUUCCCAGGGCCGUCGCGGUAUCCUGCCUAGCGCUCCUGGACGCCCUGCUGCGCCGGCCGCUGGUACUGGUACCAAGAACACCGUGAUUCCCGUCAAGGAUGCGGAUGGCAAAUUCCCUUGUCCUCACUGUACCAAGACUUACCUCCAUGCCAAGCAUCUCAAGCGCCAUCUUUUGCGACACACCGGUGACCGCCCAUACAUGUGUGUCCUCUGUCGCGACACCUUCUCCCGAAGUGACAUCCUGAAGCGCCACUUCCAAAAGUGUUCUAUCCGCCGUGGUAACCCUACUGGAGCUAGUCACUUGUCGCACCCUCAGGCUCACGUCAAGAAGAACCAGCAGGCCCAGAAGGCUGCCGGCCUGGCCCACGAUGGUGAUCUCAACCACCUUAACGGUUUGAGUAACCUUCCUGCAGACAACAUGGUCCACCCCUUUGGCAUGGUUCCAGUUUCGGACGGCAUGAACAACAUGGCACAGGAUCAGAGCCAACUCUCUCGAUCCAGCUCGCUCGGCCGUCUUGACAACGGUAACAACGCUGACAGACGGAACAUGAACGGUCAGGUCAUGGGUGCUUCGCAGCCCUAUGGUGCUGAUCCAAACAUGAACCAGCAACAGAUGACUGGCUACAGCAUGCCUCCUACUCAGAACGGAAUGCCCAUGUACGGCGGUUCAAACACAAACCCACCAUCUGGCCUUGAUUGGUCUCAGAUGUUCCAGGCUGGUGCGCAUCAAACCUACGUCAACAACUCUUUCAAUCCUAAUCUUGGACAGACGCAGAUCGGAAUCAAACCCGAACCUAAUGCCGGGCCCGGAACGACAGGCGAUAGUGCCAGCGAUACCCUUUUGUCAAAUCUGGGAAUGCAAUCUCACCAAACUUCAUACAACCUACUUUCUGAUCAGAUCCUUAAUUUCUUCUAUCCUCCUAACCAAGCCAUCGAUCCCUCGAGCGCAGGAAUGAACCUCUAUUUCUCGCCAGACAACGUCAAAGACUUCUUGGACAAGUACACCCACUUCCACAUCCAUAUGCCCUUUAUUCAUGUCGCGACUUUCAAAGUCAUGGAGGCGUACACUGGCUUACUUGCAGGCAUGUGUUGCAUUGGCGCCUGUUACUCUGAUAAUGUCACGCCCUCGAACGUUCGCGAAAUGAUGGAUUUUCUUGUCAUCGCACUCCAACGCGACUGCAAGAUGAUGUCUACUGCUGAACCCCAGACAGGUCAACCGAGUCAAGCAUCUCGGGCUGACAUCGAAGAGCUACAGGCUGUCUUGCUAACGUGUGUGUUGCUGCUGUGGAACGGAAACCCACAACAACGGGAACGGGCCCGACACAUCUAUCCUGCACUUGCAGUCAAUGCACGAAGACUGAAUCUUUUCCAAUCAUCUAACGACCCUGCUGCUCUGUCUCCGUUGCAUCACAUCAACUUCGAUCGAAGCGCUUUUGACGUGCAGCAGUGGAAGUGGGAUAAUUGGAUCGAACAGGAGCGUAGAAAUCGCCUUAUGUUUGGCGUCUUUCUGAUGGAUGUGGCGAUGGGGCUUUAUUUCAACUCCCAACCUCUGUUCGAUGUUAUGGAAUUCCAUCUACCUCUACCUUGCGACGAUGUUGCUUGGGAUGCUGACAAAGCCGAGGACUGCGCAUCUGCGCUUGGCCUUCAUGGAAUUGUCGCUGCUCGAGAGAAGAACUCAUACGGCACACAAAGAGCAAAGCAGCCGGAGAUGGACUGGGCCCUCAAAGCACUCUUGCACCCAUCUUAUCAGAUCCAACCAGGAAGUACAAACCUUUAUGGAAAGUUUGUUCUCAUCCAUGCCAUAUUAGCUCUGAUUCAACGGGCGCAAAUCGAUGGAAAUGCCGCUCAACUGUCCAAAUUUGGAACGCCCCCUCCCAAUGAUUGGAUGACCCCAGCCGGCGGCAAUAGUGGACGGGGGACUCCUGUUGAGGGAGCGGCUGUCAACGUGGACCCACAAAGUCUACAGGCGCUUGUCAUCGCCCUCAGCAAGUUCAAGAAAAACUGGGACGCGGACAUGGCCAAUCAGUUCCCGCCGACAGUCCCAGGAUCUAGCAAUCCUCGGCGACACGGUUUCUCGAGGGACGGCAUCCAUUACUAUUGGCUUUCGAACUAUUUGCUCAAGCAUACACAAGCUGCCGAUCUACGAUUGUCUCCUGACGCGCGCUUUGUGCAAGUAAUUCAGCUUUUGAAGUCUGUCAAGUCGUGGGUAAUGUCUGAUGGUGCGAACAGAGGAGAAGAAUUAGGAUCAAUCGGAGAGAUUGAUGAUCAGUAUGGAGCUAUGGAUCUUACACUGGAGAUGGCAAAACUAUUUAAACCUCUUCCACAGGUGGUGGAAGACGCUGGCACUGCGUCUGUCAAGACGGAACUUGACACAGGAACGGCAGUAUGA